AAGCUUAUCUAAGUAAAAGAGUUUAUGUGCACUACUACAGCUGUAAUGUAAGGAGUUGAUUCAUGUGGAAUAGAUUUCUGAUGAGAAAUACAAUUUAUCUACUUUGUCUGUUUAUCCUUAUUUCUUCAACCUGAGAAAAUGAAAAGUUUGCUACUAUUUGAUAUACUACUUCAUGGCAUCCUGUUCAACAGCACCUGGGCCUGGUCAGUAAACAUGCCAUCAAGCAUUUCUGGUCUACACAAAUCCUGCCUUGUUAUACCAUGUACAUUCUCCUAUUCAUACUAUCCACCUUAUAACCCUAAUCGCAUAGUGUGGUAUCAGUAUGUUAGCCGUGGAUAUCCUCUAGUGCUUGACAGUAGGGACCCUUAUUCAGUGAUUGAAAGGUACAGAGGAAGAACCAGCUUAUAUAAGGGAACAUAUAGGGACUGCAGUCUACUGAUUAAAGACCUUAGAUAUUCCCAUAAUGGAGACAGAAUAUAUGCUUGGAUUGACCCGGAAAAUGUUGGAAGGACAACUUACAAAUUCUAUGAUGUCACUACACUAAUUCAUGUUCAAUCAUCUGCACCAAAGCCUGAAGUUUACAUCUCUGAAGGGGAUAAAAUAGGGGAAAAAAUUAAAGUUCGAUGUAUAACAUAUCACACCUGUCCUUACAAUCCCCCCUCUCUAAGUCUGAGUGGGAUACAAAAAACAUCUGACAUUUUGACAGACAACCCUAUUGGUGAUGGCAAAUGGGAAAUCACGCUAACACGUCAUGGGGUUGUCGAGUCUGAAACACACCGAGUUGAUUGUUCUGCUACACACAGUGGUGGGCUCUCAGCAUCCACUACCAAAAUACAUAAUGCAGAGUGUUUCAUUGAUAAAGCCCAGAUUACUCCUGACUCAAACACAGAGUUUCUAGAGGGUGUGGAACAAGACAUUGUUUGCUCUGUUACAUACAUGUGCUCCAGUGCCUGGCCUCAAAUUACUUGGAACGAUGGAAUCUUUAAUGGAAUUAACACUUACAUUCGCAAACAGGGAAUCAAAUAUGAAGCUAGAUCUACAUUAAAGUUUAAAGCAAAGGCUGAUGAUCAUAGGAAGACCAUUACCUGCCAAACAAACUUUAAAGGGAUGAUUCAAAGAGUGAAAAUUACUUUAAGAGUCAAGAUGUCAAUGGGCUCACUUGACUGGAGUUUCACAAUGCCCAGUGCAAUCAAUGGCAUUCGAGGGUCCUGUGUGGUCAUUCCGUGCAGUUAUAAAUUUAAAACCUCUGACCGUAGUGGUGUAGAUGUAAAAUGGUAUUCAAAAACACUCACCACAUCAGAUCUGAUAUAUAGCCAAUCAUCUCACAAUAUCAUUCCUAAGUUCAAAGGGAAGACAAGUUUAUAUGGAUCCUCAAAUGAAAAGAACUGCAGCUUAAAGAUCCAGCCUCUUGACAUGUCACAUAAUCGGGAAAGACUGUUCCCCUGGAUGGACCAGAAUCCUCCUGAUACUUACCACCGAAAAAAUGUUGCAGAGGAAACUAUUGCUCUUGAGGUGACAGAUACUGCUGAGAAACCACAAGCAGAAGUUCUUGGUAGGGCUACAGUUGGCGAGCCUGUGACAUUGUCUUGUAGUGUGAUACACACCUGUCCUCCAAAACCCCCAACACUCAGCUUCAGUAUAUCACGUGGGUCUUCACGUUUUAUCCACACACCCUUAUAUCAUGGAAAAUGGAAGGCAACAAAAGAGAUAACGUGGACAGUUGAGGAAAAUGAUAAUUUUGUUACUUGUUCUGUGAGUUAUGCAGGUGGACAGAAAUCAAAGACUGAAAUCCCUCUUAAUCCUUUAUGUCCCAUUGACCAAGCUCAGAUUAGUUCUGAUUCAAACACUGAGUUUCUUGAGGGUGUGGAACAAGACAUUGUUUGUUUUGUUACAUACAUGUGUUCCAGAGACCGACCUUACAUUAUGUGGAGUGGGGAACAGUUACCUGGCAGCACAUUUCACGUAACAAAGCAUGGAACAAAACAGAUAGCUAAGUCCACACUAAAGUUCACUCCGAAAGCCAGUGAUAAUGGCAAGACAAUUACCUGCCAAGCAGAUUUUAAAGGGAAUGUUCAGACAGUGGAAAUCACCUUAAGAAUUCAAAGAUCAAUGGGCUCACUUGACUGGAGUUUCACAAUACCCAACACAAUUACUGGUGUCCGAGGUUCCUGUGUGGUCAUUCCCUGCAAUUAUGAAUUCAAAAAUGUCCAGCCUAGCAGGACAAAUGUAAAAUGGUAUAAACUCUCCACUACAGGUUACUCUUUGGUAUAUGACCAAUCAACACACAAUAUCAUUAAUCGGUUUAAAGGAAAGACAAGUUUAUAUGGAUCCUCAAAUGACAAAAACUGCAGCUUGAAGAUCCAGCCGCUUGAAAUGCAACAUAGUCAGGAGAAACUGUUUCCCUGGAUGGACCCAAAUUCUAUUGAAUCAUACCACAACAAAAAUUUUGAUCAUGUAACUAUUGUCCUCGAGGUAACAGAUAUUGUUGAAAAACCAGAGGCAGAUCUUCUUGGCAUAGCCAAAGUUGGUAAGCCAGUAACGUUGUCCUGCAGUGUGCUACACACUUGUCCUUCAACACCUCCAUCAUUGAGCCUGAGUGUUUCUCAUGACACUCAAAGUUUAACUCACACACCCCUUCAUGAUGGAAAAUGGAGGUCAACUGUAGAGAGUACCUGGACUGUUGAGGAAAAUGAUAAAUCCGUUACUUGUACUGUGAGUUACGCAGGUGGACAAACAUCGAAGACUGAAAUCAGUGUUAAUCCUUUAUGUGACUUUCACAAACCUGUAAUAAGUCCAACCCAAGAUGAAGUUAUGGAAGGAAUUGAGAAAAGCUUUACUUGUACUGUGACCCACACAUGUCAAAAACAAAAGCCAAACAUAAUCUGGAAUUACCAAAACAUGCCUGUUUCUUCUGAAACACAUAAGGUUGACUCCCACAUUUGGAGAACAGUUUCCACUUUGAAACUGAAAGCAUCGUGGGACGACCAUGGAAAGACAUUAACAUGCACAAUUCAAACUACAGAGGGAGAGUCUUCAGAUCAUGUUACUUUAAAAGUAAAAAGGGGGAUGUUUUCACUGGAUUGGACGUAUUCAAUGCCCAGUAAGAUGACUGGCCUUCAAGGCACCUGUCUGGUCAUUCCCUGCAGCUUUGACUUCAGAAAAAGCACAGAAAAACCUGCCGAUGUUGAGGUGAAAUGGUACCUAUACUCUACAUCACAGUACCCCUUGGUGUAUAGCCCAGAUGGUGAGACUGUUACUAGGAAAUAUUUUGGCAAGACAAGACUGUAUGGUUUAACUAGUGAGAAAAAUUGCAGUUUGGAAAUCAUGCAACUUGAACUGCAGUACAAUGGGGAUAGACUGUAUCUUUGGAUGGAUCCAAAAUCAGUUGAUACAUUUCACAAGGAGGAUUUCCAUGACAAAUCUAUUGAACUCCAAAUAAAAGAACAAGCUGAUAAACCAAAACUAAGCAUUAUUGGUAUACCAAGAGUGGGAGAGCAAGUCACAGUGUCCUGUAGUGUCCUUCAUACAUGUCCGUCCAAACCACCAAGUCUGUCUGUGGGGAAGGCACUUGAUACAGACGUUUCUGUACACAAUCCAGUACAAGAUGGCUUUUGGGAGCUAACCAGAAUUCACACAUUCAUAAUUAAAGAAGAAGAACAAACUGUUACAUGUAAAGCCACAUUCCAUGGAGGAAAGAUAUCUGAAUCACAAAUCGAUCUCAAUGCUCAGUGUACCUAUAAGGAUAUAACCAUUGAUCCUGAGGUGGCCGAUGUUGUAGAGGGUGUUGCAAAUAACUUCACAUGUACAGUUUUCCAUUCUUGCAAGAGCCAGCCUCCAACUUUCACCUGGAACUACAAAGACAUACCAGAGACUGUGGGAACUAAAAAAGGGCCAUCCUUAACCUGGGCCACUUAUUCCAAUAUAUUAUUUAUAGCUUCAAUGGAGGAUGAUGGCAAGAAACUGACUUGCACUGUAAAACUGCCUAAAGGAGAAAUCUCAACUUCCAUUGUUUUACAGGUUCAAAGAUAUGUACCCAAGGUGGUGGAUCCAUUUGAGAAUGACACUGUCCACAUUUUAGAGGCGAAUGUGGUACCCCGGAUCAGUGCUUUGACCAAGUCCUGUGUGGUGAUACCUUGUACUUUCAAGUCAGGUGACAUGCCUAUUACACGCCUUCGAGUUCUGUGGUACACCAGUACUGGCCAAUAUGUCUUCCACACUGGACAGUCUAAUGUUAUAGACAACUUUAAAGGACGCACAAAGCUUCUGGGGAAUCCAGAUGAGCAGAACUGCACUUUAGAGAUUGAUAAGGUCCAAGCUCAUGAUAAUGGGCCAUUCUGUUUUCAUGCAGAAAAAGGCAAUGAUAAGUACAGGUUCAACCACAGCUGUGUGUUCAUCAUCAUGAAAGCAUCUCCUGACAAGCCUGUGAUAUCAGCUCUUCCAGAAGAGAUGGAGCCAGGCAAGCGUUUUACAAUAAACUGUUCUGUCACACAUACAUGCUCAUCACAUCCACCAAUUAUCACAUGGAAUGUUCCGGCUGCCAGAGAAGUGGUGAGCCAUGUGGAGCGAAGCGCAGGCAAAUGGGAAACAACCUCCACAAUUACUUUUAUUCCAACUGGCUAUGAAGAAGACGAAAAUCUCAUUUGUCGAGCUUCUUUCUGGGGGAAAAAGAACCAGGAAAGUUCAGCCUUAAUAAAUGUGAAACGAUAUGAAGGACUGGGUAUGGACACCAUAGGAUUUGGUAUAAUUCUUCCUUUAUGUUUAUUGUUGCUCCUUUGUAUUGCUGCUGGAAUUAUUAUUUUUAAGAGAAAAGUCCAAAAGUAA